GUCUCCGUCCUCGAUUAUGGCUCUUGAUGUUUCAGAGAGGGAAAGGGCCAUUAAGGUUUGUUUGAGUAUGGUACUCCGCUUGGCGGCCCCUUGGGUCGCUGGAGCUUCUCUAUAAUGUACAGUAUUUUUUUCCAUUGAAAUGCUAGGCAAAAGAACUCAAAAUUGGUACAAUCGAAAUUUGACAAGCGGAACCCGCAAAAACUGGUCCCCAGAUGCCCCCUCAGGGCAACUCUGCCCUCAUGGGAUAUUCAACUCGACUUCUCACCAAUCCCCUCACGGCUUCACCGUUGGCGUGCUGUGCUUACCGCGACUAGAAUCACUCGCGCGCGAAAUCCAGACUACACAGUGACAAACAAAUCUUGAUUCUCCUUCCUAAAAGUACUCCUUAAAAGAACAGAAGAAACGUGGAAAGAUCGUUGAAGUGGAGGAGACAAGGCUGACCCGGAAAUACGAGCAACCAACCUGUCACGCCAAGACCUAUAUAAAGGUUAUUAAUAGGGUGGAAACUUGAUACCAAAAAUCGUGUUUGCUUUCUUGAAUUGAGCAAUCCUGCCUGAUUCGCCCUCUUCAGAGUUCAGUUCUAACACCAAGAGUGUAUUUCACGACUGAAAAUGAGCGUUUCUUUGCUAUGGGUGGCUUCUACAAUAAGUUUAAUUCUUCUCUGGUAUGUAAAUGAAAGUGGAGGAUCUUUAUCAGGAAAUGGAGCAAACGUUUGUUCAAGAUCGCAAAGUUAUGUGCAGACAUACAAACAAUCUUAUCAAAUGAGUUGGAAGAAAAAGUCAAAAACUAAAUGUGGAUUGUGGGGCUGGGGACGAUGCACAACAUACAGAACAGUGUAUGGCAUGGCUUAUAGAACAGCAACACGUCAAGCAUACAAACAUGUUUAUUUCUGUUGUCCUGGUUGGAAACAGCGAGGAAAUGGUUGUCCAACUGCUAUCUGCAAGAGUGCUUGUAUCAAUGGGACAUGUACAAAACCAGAUACUUGUUCAUGUAAUGCAGGCUUCUACGGAGCAGUAUGUGACAGAGUAUGUCCUUCUCAUAAAUGGGGUCCUCAUUGCCGACAUGACUGCACAUGUCAAAAUGGAGCUAAAUGCCAUUCACGCACUGGCACAUGCACCUGCACUCCCGGAUGGAAGGGUCAGUCAUGUGAUCAGCCCUGUGACCAAGGUUACUAUGGCGACAAAUGUCAAUACCAGUGUGCUUGUCAGAAUGGUGCAACUUGUGAACCUGUUACAGGAAAUUGCUCAUGUGCACCGGGUUAUAAAGGAAAAAGAUGUGGACUUGAAUGUGACCAAGGGUGGUAUGGCCAGAGUUGUGGAAGCAAGUGUAUUUGCCUUAAUGGUGGCAGUUGUCAUCAUGUUACUGGAACAUGCAACUGUACUGCAGGAUGGCAGGGUGAUUUGUGUGGUGUAAAAUGUCCACAAGGAAUGUAUGGAUAUAAAUGUUCCCUGACAUGCAUCAACUGUUUGAAUGGUGCCGUCUGUAACCAUGUGAAUGGAAGCUGUACUUGUGCUCCUGGAUAUCAAGGACAUAGAUGUGGAGAUACCUGUCCUACCGGAACCUACGGGAAUUUCUGUGCUGAAGAAUGCCGCUGUAAAAAUGGCACAUGUUCUCCUGUGGAUGGUACAUGUAAUUGCACUGUUGGCUACACAGGUGCAUACUGUGAUCAGCCAUGCGCAGCAGGCUCAGCUGGGCUGAACUGUACUAAGCAUUGUAAUUGUACUGAGCACGGAACCUGUAAUCAGUUCACUGGAAAAUGCCAAUGUCAGCCUGGCUUUAAGGGUAACCACUGUGAACUGGAGUGCAGUGAGGGUUUCUUUGGACCUCAGUGUAAUGGAAAAUGUCAGUGUCUUAACAAUGCAACUUGUAACAAGGAAGAUGGUACAUGUGACUGUCAGCCAGGAUGGAUAGGAGUUCACUGUGACAACCCCUGCCCUGCUGGGUACUAUGGCAAGAACUGUCAGUCAAAAUGCAGGUGUCAGAAUGGGGGGUCUUGUGACUCUGUUGAUGGCAAAUGUACAUGUGUGAACGAGUGGCAAGGAAAAAUCUGUGAUAUCUUGUGUGAAAGCUGGACAUAUGGUGUGAACUGCAGAAAUUCAUGCUUUUGUAAUCAAACUCGGACAGAACGAUGCCAUGCAAUAACUGGCAAGUGUUUCUGUAAGAAUGGAUUUACAGGCUCACAAUGUAAUCAGCAGAUAAAAUGCAAUGUUGGCUAUUAUGGCAAUAAUUGUAAAAAGAGGUGUAACUGUAACAAUGCUCCAUGUGAUGUUGUUACUGGUGUCUGUGAUUGCCCAGCUGGUGUAAUGCUUCCAUCCUGUACUAACAAGUGUCCAUCAGGUAGUUAUGGUUACAAGUGCCUGGAGGAUUGUCAGUGUCAGAAUGGUGCUUUGUGUGAUCCAGUGAAUGGUGCUUGUUCCUGCACAGCAGGCUGGCAAAGCACAUUUUGCGAACAAGGUUGUCCCGAUGGCUGGUAUGGUCAGGGAUGUAACAGUAGCUGUGAUUGUUUACAUGGCUCUACAUGUCAUCAUGUCACUGGAAAGUGCACCUGCAGUGCGGGAUGGCAGGGACUCACUUGCAACAGUUCGUGUGAUAGUGGAUUCUAUGGAUAUGGCUGUCAAUCUAUUUGUCAGUGUUAUAAAAGUAACACCAUAUCAUGUGACCCUGUUGAUGGGCGGUGCUACUGUGACCCGGGAUGGACUGGGAAAGAGUGCACUUUGUUCUGUCCAAGAGGAAAAUUUGGUCCAAACUGUUCUAAAGAUUGCAAGUGCAGAGAGCAGUCAACAGAGAACUGUGAUCACGUGACUGGGGCAUGCACCUGUCUGGAGGGGUGGAUUGGGGACAAGUGUGACAGGACUUGUUCUGUUGGUUUCUAUGGUUACAAGUGCAAGAAGGAGUGUGAAUGUAAAUUUCCUAACAUGGAUAAAGAAUGUGAUUACAGAAAUGGAGAGUGUAACUGUGAGCCCGGAUUCACCAGUGAAUACUGUAAUCAAACCUGUCCGGAGGGUACCUAUGGAUUUAAGUGCGAGGAGAAAUGUCUUUGCCAGAAUAAUUCAACCUGUGAUAAUGCAUUUGGUUAUUGUGAUUGUUUACCUGGAUUUCAAGGAAAGUUUUGUGAAGAAGUUGUUACCCAGCUCAGCACCGUUGUUCCCAGUGCCGAUAAUAAAAACUCGUCCAAAUCAGGCCGUUCGGCAGGAACUGGUUCCAGUUCAGUUGUGACGCCAGUGGUGGUUGCUGUGGCUGUCACCAUGGUAGCCAUUAUCCUUAUCAUUGUGUUUGUUUACUUGAGAAAGAAGCAUAUCUUGAUAUCCAGGACAGGGAAGGGCUUGUCAGUGAGGAGACUUGUUAAAUCCCCAAAGAGUCGACAAAAAGAAUUUGACGAUGUAAGUGAGGCCGACGAUGACGGUGAUUACGUGACAGAAGACGUGUCGGUAAACCCCAUAUAUGGCCAUUUAUCAGACCCAGAUUCCAUUCCUCUGGAUUUGAUCCAGUCCCCUGGAGACAAACCCACGUCAAUGACAAUGAAAUCUAUCAAUAAUCCAAAUUACGAAAGCACGUUAACGCUUUGUGCUCAACGUGAAAAAGUAGCUAGUAAUCCAAUAUACCAGACAGCAAACGAUAUUGAACAAGACAAUCCAUUGUACGAGACCGGGGCUGGAGAAGCCGAAAGAGGGAUUUCUAAUGUCGAUAUAAACCCACUUUAUGAACCAGGCCCUGCCGGAAGUGUUAGCGGGGGAUCUGGUAACUUGGCUGAUUUGAAUCCUUUGUACCAGUCCGCUGUUUCGUAUCGCAGUCAGAGUGAUUUCAAUCCCUUGUACGAGGGUGCGUCUGACGUGAGCCCGCUGUACGAAUCAGCGGAGUGGCCGAGUCGUGACGCAAAAAGUGGUAAAGUGCGACGGAGGGUUGAUUCGCGAUCGAAAAAAGAAGACAAACAAUGCAUGGAAGAUGAAUUACCCAUCAUCGAUGGAGAGGCCUCUUACUGGCAUACAAAUGAUGACGGUGGGCUUGGCGUGAGUAACAGGGGUGCUGAUAUACCAUUUAAUGAACUGUACGGAAGCGUAGGACAGACUGACUCCUCCCUCCAGGAAAAUGACCCCGAAGCCCCCCCUGUACCUCCAAGAGUGCAUGUCAAGCGAUCCUGAUGAAUCUGGUAGAUAGGUAGGAAGAGUAGUCAGGUAAACUAGAUGAGGAGGGACUGGGAGAGAGAGCCUCGAGAGCAUCAGAAUCUUCUACUAAGGUAGGUCUUGGCUUGGUUUAAUGCUUGGCAUGUUUUUAAAACUGGUUCAGUGUGAGCCUGCUUCUGGUGUAAAAAGAACUUAUAAGCACACUGGCCUAUAAUAGUAUUUUGAAACAUUUAGCCAGAUUUUUUCAAUUCAGUCGUUCUUCAUCUUUCUGGUCUAUCUUUUUCUUUUUUAGCUUAUUGGUGUUUUACUAGUUUGGUUUCUAUUGCUUUGAGGUUUUUAUCCCAUGUGAAGGUCCUUCAUGAAAUAGAAUUUAUCAAGUUCAAAUUUUUUAACUGUGGGAUAAAGGUGUAAUUGGAAGAAAGCCCAUUGCAGUUAAAUAACCAACUUAAUUAGUUGAGACAAAGCCUGUGGAUUUCACAUAAUGACCAGUUCCCAGUUGGUUUGAUCAAGCGCAGUUGGUACAGCACUGCACCGGUAUCGCAGAGGUCAUGGGUUCGAAUCCCUUUCAAGGCGGAAUUUUUUUCAGGCGUUAUCACAACUUCUUAAAGUUGUAUAUUUAACUAUGAUGUAUUUCUUGUAAUUAAAUGAAGGCCCUUCGUUGUCAAAGGACUAUUCCGUUAUCGUAAUGUUAGAAGAGUUUCGAAUUCUGAAAUGUGAAAAUGGAGAAUUGAAAUGCGUUUGUUUCUUGAGAGAAAAGUAGCUAGGAAUUUUACGAAGCCGGAUUUCCACACAAGUCAUUUCAGUUAUUUGAAUUAUAAAUGAAUUUUAUACUGCAUUUGUGUAAUAUACGGUGACCCACAGGGUCAGUACAAAAAUAUUUAUCCCAAUACAAGAAUAUUUAUCCCAGUACAAAAAUAUUUUUCCCAAUACAAAAAUAUU